AUCCUGUGCAUUUGCCUAUCGCAACGGCUUGUCUAGACAUCUUGGAAUUAUCCUCAUCAUAUUAUUAUAGAAUAACGACGACAACAACACCUCCACCACCACCACCCAUUUCGCCAUCUCAUCACCCUCCCUCUGUCUGCGUGUCAUUUUGAAUUUACUUUUUUCGUUCAACCUCAAAUGGCCGUCGAAGAUCCCACCACCACCAACCCUUCACCCUUCAACUACAUCCUCUCGUUCCUUCUCGUCGGCGUCUGUUGGGGUUUCACCACCCCGUUCAUCCGUAAAGCCGCCGUCAACUACACGCCACCAUCGAACCCUUCCAUCACCGACCCAUCCCGAUCAUGGAUAUCUCGUCAAAUCGCAAAGGCAUUCUUCACCGUCCUAGGUCUCCUACGGAGUCCGGGUUACGCCGUUCCUCUGGUCAUGAAUCUGACCGGGAGUAUUUGGUUUUUUCUACUGGUCGGACAAGCAGAACUCUCUUUGACGGUCCCCAUCACGAAUUCCCUCGCAUUUCUCUUCACCGUUUUGGGUGAAUGGUACGCAGAAGGCAAACUCAUCUCCAAAGAUACUUGGCUGGGGAUGAGUCUGGUCUGCGCGGGAAUCGGGUUGUGUGUUUGGUCAAAGACUUGAUCGUUGGAUACCUAGGCAGUUGACAAUGACACAAAACUGCCCGUCACCUGCCCUACAUUACCACUGCCUCGCUGUACAUACAUUGUUCACGAUACACGUGUCAUAGAUAGAUAUUCAAUGGUAGAUCCGGAGGUAUAGCAUGUUACUCAC